UAUAAACCGCAGCGACAGACUGCGGGCUCUCAUCGGGCAGCCCGAUAAUUGCCGGAGGAAUGUGGAAGGGAUAGCCGGGGGGGGCGGCAACUGCGUCUAUCUGAUUAUUGAGAGGGUCGUUGAACGGGAACAUUGAGUAGAUUACAGUACAGCGGAGAAGAUACGGAUAUGAGCAGGAUGGGUUCGGAGAGAUAAGUUUCAGAAGGACAGACGUGUGUGAGCCGAGGGCCGGGUGAAAAUGGGCAUGUUAAGUGUGGACUUGCUGGUAACCUUGCAGAUCUUACCGGGCUUCUUUUCGAACUGCCUCUUCUUGGCGCUGUAUGACUCGGUGGUGCUGCUGAAGCGUGCAGUGUCUCUCCUCAGCUGCUCCGGCUCCGCCGCCGGUGGACAGUGGCAUCGCAUGCUGACUCCUGCCGGCUUGCGGUCUGUGUGGAACAGUUUCCUUCUCGAUGCCUAUAAGCAGGUGAAGCUGGGAGGUGAGGCCCCAAACUCCAAGGUAGUGAAGGUCCCCGGCUCGUCAGACCAGAGGCGGAGCAUUGGCAACAGGAUGGACGACGAAUGCCACCUGCUUGACUUUGAGUCGUCUGACCGCCCUCUGAUCGUCAACUUCGGCUCUGCCUCCUGACCCCCCUUUGUGACCCACCUGCCGGCCUUUCGGCGGUUGGUGGAGGAGUUCUCGGAUGUGGCAGACUUCCUUGUCGUAUACAUCGAUGAGGCCCACCCCUCAGAUGGCUGGGCGGUGUCCCCCAUGGAGUCAAAUGCCUUUCAGGUGAGGAAACACCGCAGUCUGGAGGAGCGUAUGCUGGCUGCCCGCGCACUGCUGGAGCAGUUUGCACUGCCGCCACAGUGCCACCUAGUGACAGACUGUAUGGACAAUAAUGCAAACGUGGCCUAUGGAGUAUCCUUUGAAAGGGUCUGCAUCGUGCAGCAGAAGAAAAUUGCCUAUCUGGGUGGAAAGGGACCAUUUUUCUAUCACCUGAAAGAUGUGAGACGUUGGCUGGAGCAGAGCUAUGGCAAGCGGUAGACUCUGAAACCGACACACAUGGAAAAAGUAACGCACCUUCUUGCCAGUUGAACGUCCUGCCGGCGAAGCUUCCAGUUGGAACACCUAGGCAGUGGCCGACAUUCCUAAUAACUUUCAUAUGAAUGAAUUGGCCUUGAACUGCCGAUGCCAGUGUCCAGUGGGUGCCUGCCGGCAUGUGGUCUGCACCUUGGUUGUCAACCUUUCGACAUAUUAGUAAAUGAUCAUCCCCUACAAAACAAAACCAAAUUACUUAAAAGAGGAAGAAAGCACAGGUAACCAGGAGCGGAUUAUGUAUCUGGGGUCCUGAGGUUGAGAUCAGCAUGGACACUCAGGUGUUGCCGAUUUGACUAACCGUUCCAUUUUUCCCAAAAUGGGCCCCUGAUGUUUGCUGGGGCCUUAGGCUACAGCCUAGGAUAGCCAAUGCAUUAAUCUGCCCCUGCAGGUAACCACCUUUUAUAAUAAUGGUAUUAAUUUAUUUCUGGAUACGGAGAUUUUUAAUGUGUCAUUUUUACGCCUUGAUGCCUGUUUUUGUACAAAUAAGAACUGUUAUUUAAGAUGACGAUCCUCUGUAUUGUCCUGUAAAGUUGUAGAUGUUUAAGGUGCUCAUCUUUGUGCAUUGUUGCACUUGCACAUUAAUGGACAUCGAUACACUGUUUAAGAAGCCCCUUUCGGACAACUUGAAGGAGACCUAGGUUAUGUUCAGAACUGUAGGGCAGUCUGUGUUUUAAAAACAGCACAAAAUCAAAGUGGAUUACAGAGCACAUGAUGGAAAGUCAGCCCCUUUCUUCCUGGGAAGCUGCUGGCUCUCGUCGUUCUGGAACAUUGUGUGACAUGAAUCUGAAUGUAAGAGGAUUUCUACGUAACCGUACACUGUUCUUUUGUGCCGAAAAACAUUAAUGCCAAAUGCUUACAAAAUGAACUGUUGUUAGUACACAAUUGGGGAAUAUAUGGAGUUGGGUACAAAUGCUAAUAUAGAGAGUUAGCAGCUUUAGAGACACCUUACAGGACUGGCCCUAUGCCAUCGGAUGUUUCCGGGAAGCAUCUUGGUCAAGCUGCAAGCUGGUCAUGCUGGCCUGUAUCCAAAACUGGGUUAGAAUCCUGCUGUGAGGAAGACUUGUCUGGAGAUGGCGAUUCAGGUUUGGAUGGGGCCGGGGUGAGAAUGAAAACCACUGAUGAAAGGGCACCAAGCUCUGUCAGCGGUCGGAUGCGAUACCACACCACCCCUGUCCAGACUUGAACCCAUAUGCGAUUUUGCAUUUCAAAAGCGCAUUUAAAAGUCCUUCUCUGAGAUCCAGAAAUGCCUGUUUCCUACCAUCUUUGUAUUGUAUUGGGCAAAUAGUUGCAUUUUUUUUAAAUUGAGAAAAAGAAAUUAAAAACAAAACUUUAAUGCUGA